AUGCGGACCACCUUUGGCUUUCGCGCCUUCAAAAACACGGGCGACGCCGUCUCGGAAUUCUUGGCUUACACUGACAAGGGCAGUGCCUUCGCCUUUGGGGCGAACUACAAAGAGGCAUUUGGGGGCGCCUUCGUUUUCAACGUGCUCCCUGUGGUGGUCUUUUUCAGCAGUAUGGUGGCAGCGGCAUACCAUCUGGGCUUAGUACAGGCAGUCUUUGUAAGGAUCGGCUGGUUGAUGCAGGUGGUCAUGGGCACCUCAUAUUGCGAAUCCUUGAUGUCGGCGGCCAACAUUUUCCUGGGACAAACUGAGACCCGGCGCUUGUUUGAGGAAGCGCCGCUCUUGGCCAAGCCCUUCCUGGCGCAUCUCACGUGUUCGGAGAUCCACGCUGUCCCGGGGCUUGCAAUUUGGGGAUCAAGUGAAAAAAAUCCGAAGCCAUUUGGGCAACCCCAUCCCAGCCCUCGAACUGUUGCAGCAUCUGCCAUGGCGGUGGAAGACCAACAGCUGAUUGCCGAUGCUCAAAACGAGGAGCGCAAUGCAGGAGGCUGGCGACGGGCAUCCGGGCCCUUGGUGCUUGGACUUCUGGGGAGCAACCUGCUGCUUUUGUGCAUGGUUCUUUGGCUGGCCAUUACCGCAGGGGCUGGUUCACCGUCCGCGGAUGGUCCAACAGAUCAUGAUCUCAUGUUGCCCUUGCACUCCGAGUUCCGCCGGGAGCAACAGGAGCAACGGCACCUCUUCGACGUGAACUUGUUCGAUGAGCCGGAUGAGCCGUAUGAAGACUACCCCACUGAAAACGCCAUCGUGAAGACCACUUGUGUGAUCGAUGCAGUGCAAGCGGCAACCUAUUUGGGGAAGGCUGUGGUGAACAUCUACCGCGCGGAGAUUUGUCCUGAUGAUGAGCCUUUGGGCUGUACGGCUCCCGUGGCUCAUGCCAUCACUUCCAUUCUGUGGCUCACGGCCUUUCUAACCAGCGCCAGCUCCACCUGUGCAGCUACCAUCUCCCAGGGCGGCUCAUGUGCUGCAGCCAUUCUGAGGGAUUUGGCCACGGCAGGGUCCACGAUCUACGGCUUUGAUGAAGAUUGCUAUUUGACCAAGCCCAGGGAGACCAGCUGGCGUGUGUAUCAGCGGUGGUACCAGCAUUUGCUCCCAGAACCCGAGGAGCGGCGCCUGCGGAGCACCAGAGGCGCGCAGAACCUCACGGCCUACCGCGCCAAGUCUGCCGAGAUUGCCGCGAAGCUCCGAAAUCUGACGGCGCCCUCAGCCGGUGGCCGGGCCGUGUUGCCCAACGUGCUGUUUGAUGCCGAGAGCAAGGGACUUCCUCGCGAUUUGGUGAGCAAAGAGCAGAAGGUCAGAGCAGUGGAUGCCAAACAUAACUACAACACUGAACGCAACUUUGCCCUGGCCAACUGUGUCUUUGACAGCGUGGCCGCCACCACGUGGAUGAUGCGUGCCUUGCUCUCCAUUGAGGAGGCCUCGCGCAACUGCCCGGAGCCAAAGGCCUGUACCGUGGAUGUCUUGUACGUCCUUGGUUCCUUUUCCUAUGCCGCGCAGACCUUAUCCUUGGCCUUUGUGGAUUGCCCUAAGCGUGGCAAGCGUGAGGCGCUCUGUGGCGCGGACAUCUCCGAUGUCGUCGGCUCCAUGGCCAUCUUCGUAGCCUCCACCUUGCAGGCUGCGGAGUAUUGUGACGCCACGUUCCGGGCCCCCACCGGCCCCAUCCGGGGCGGCCUCCGGUCUGCGGCCGGUGCCUAGACACGAGGACAAGGGACUUUUACAGGCCGGCCAGGGGCCGAGCAAUUGAGGCAUGCAUGUUGAAUCUGUUGAAUAUGUUGAAUUAUUUGGUCCCUGCUGAUGGGUGCUGGUGAAUGUGAAUGGUGACGACCAUGGGUUGAACAUGUUGAAUGCUUUGAGAGCUCUUGAGAAUGAAUGCCUUUUUCUAUGCUAUGUGUAUGUGUGUG